GAAUGCAAACAGGGUUACAGCUGAAAGUAAAGAACCUGAAGCUCUUGAAAGAAAAGUCUCUGAGCAUAAAAUAAAAAGGGAAGAGAUGGUUCUGACAGAACCUGAAGAGCCAGAGGAAGAGAACAGCAACCCUGAAGAGAUGGAUCUUCCAGAAACUGAGGACUCUGUGGUGAUGGACUGUGGGAUGGACCUUGAAGUAUAUUUGUGGCAUUACAAGAACGAAGUGGAUGAAUUUUAUGAAAACCUGGAGUUCAUCAACUGCCAACAGUAUAAAAUUGAAAAGAUGAAAGAAAAGGCAGACCGCAUUAAAGAAGAAUUUGUACAGAACGCUACCAUCAUUAAAGAAAGACAACUGGGACUAAAAUCACUUCAACUCAUACUUGAGAAAAAUCUAAACAAUAAAAGCGUCGUCUCUUCGAAUAUCAAACAGAUAUCUGAGAAGUUGGCUAAAGUUUACGGGAAUAGCUACGGCCAUUUCGGCUGCUCUGAAUUUUUAUUCCUGAUGUUGAACGAAUUCGAAGAAUGGAGUUUUGACUUGGAAGAAAACACGCCAGCUGAGACACUCCACAAACAACAAAUGGAGUUUUGGAAAGACUAUUAUAAAAAUGUCAGAGUUAAGGAACAAGCUGAAUUAGAUGCACUGAAAGAGGAACGGUGGCAGAGAAGACGAGAGCAAGCUCUGGAGAGAGCUCUUGCUCCUCCAGUGAAAAUAAGCGGAAAAAAGCUGAUGCCACGCAGCCCGCCUCCAAAAAAGGUUGUAAAGAAAGUGGAAACCAAGAAACAAGAGUGAAAACCGACGAGGCGUGAUGAAAGGAGAUGGAAGGAUGAGAAGGUAAAGGUCUGGUUCCCAAAACGCAAUGCCAUCCAGCCCUCUUCCGCGAUGCCUGGCGGUGGUGCU